GCUAUGGAAAUUCGGAGAGAAACAAGAACCAUACAUAUUCAUCGAUUUUCAAGCACCACCAAAACCUCACCCAUUAAAAGUUAAACACAUCCACUCUCACUCAUUCUCGUAUCUCUCCUGAGAGAAAUUACGCAGACAAGAUGAUGCUAGCAAUGGCUGUGAGGAGGCUUUCCUCCUCCAUCUCCAAACCUCUCAAGCGCGGCGGCUCCAUCUAUCACCUGUCUUCCUUGCCUGAUGAAGCUGUCUAUGACAAGGAAAAGAACGGUGUCUCGUGGCCUAAGCAGUUGAAUGCACCGUUGGAAGUCGUUGAUCCCGAGAUUGCUGACAUUAUCGAGCACGAAAAGGCUAGACAAUGGAAGGGGCUCGAGCUCAUCCCAUCCGAAAAUUUCACUUCUGUGUCUGUGAUGCAAGCGGUUGGUUCGGUUAUGACUAACAAGUACAGUGAAGGAUAUCCCGGUGCAAGAUACUAUGGAGGAAAUGAGUACAUUGACAUGGCUGAAACGCUAUGCCAGAAGCGUGCACUGGAAGCAUUCCGGUUGGACCCUGCGAAAUGGGGAGUAAACGUGCAGCCUCUAUCAGGAUCUCCGGCAAACUUUCAUGUUUACACUGCUUUACUUAAACCACAUGACAGAAUUAUGGCACUCGAUCUUCCUCAUGGAGGCCAUCUCUCUCACGGUUACCAGACUGAUACUAAGAAGAUAUCCGCAGUCUCUAUAUUUUUUGAGACUAUGCCAUACAGAUUGAAUGAAAGCACAGGCUACAUUGAUUAUGAUCAGUUGGAAAAGAGUGCUGUACUCUUUAGGCCAAAACUCAUCGUUGCUGGUGCUAGUGCUUAUGCGCGUCUCUAUGAUUAUGACCGCAUCAGGAAGGUCUGCGACAAGCAGAAGGCAAUUUUGCUGGCUGAUAUGGCACAUAUUAGUGGACUAGUUGCAGCUGGAGUCAUCCCUUCGCCAUUUGACUAUGCGGAUGUGGUGACAACCACAACCCACAAAUCACUUCGUGGACCUCGUGGUGCCAUGAUUUUCUACAGGAAGGGUGUUAAAGAGGUCAACAAACAAGGGAAAGAGGUGUUGUAUGACUAUGAAGAUAAAAUCAACCAAGCUGUUUUUCCCGGACUUCAAGGCGGCCCACACAACCACACAAUUACUGGCUUGGCAGUUGCAUUGAAACAGGCAACAACACCGGAAUACAAAGCUUACCAAGAACAAGUCUUGAGCAACUGUGCAAAGUUUGCUCAGACUCUCACUAAGAACGGAUACGAACUUGUUUCUGGCGGAACAGAGAACCACUUAGUUCUUGUCAACUUGAAAAGCAAGGGCAUUGAUGGUUCAAGGGUGGAGAAGGUGUUGGAAGCUGUCCAUAUUGCAGCAAACAAAAACACCGUUCCUGGAGAUGUAUCCGCUAUGGUUCCCGGUGGCAUCAGGAUGGGUACCCCUGCUCUUACUUCAAGAGGAUUCUUAGAGGAGGAUUUUGCCAAAGUUGCUCACUUCUUUGAUUCUGCUGUGCAAUUGGCUGUCAAAGUUAAGGCUGAAACUAAAGGCACAAAACUGAAAGACUUUGUGGCCACACUGUCCAAUCCUUCGUUCCAAUCGGAGAUUGCAAAACUUCGCCACGACGUGGAGGAGUAUGCAAAGCAGUUCCCCACAAUUGGCUUUGAGAAAGAGACCAUGAAGUACAAAAACUAAGAAGGCAGCAAAUCUGUGGUCCAUUUAGAGACUUGAAUGGGGUGAAGUAAAAUAAGGAAGGGAUACGAAAUUGUCAUGCUCUUAGAUUCCUAUUUUCUCUCCAUUAUAUAUGUACAAAAUGAAUUAAUAUCAUAUGAAACUUGCAGUUACAUCUUUUUUAUC